GGAGAUAGGAGAGCAGGUGGGGGUGAGGCGGUGGUGUCCUGCCGCAGGUCUCCAGUCUGUGGAGGCACUGAAGACAGGAGGGACACGCUGCGUCGUUUCACCGCACCGAGAGGCGAUGUGUGCGUCCCCCGAGCGCCGACAUGGGCAGAGGCGGCCCCGUCACAGAUGCUUCCCCGUCAGCGGUCACUCCCAGCCCGGGACGCAGCCUCCGGUGUCCACAUGAGGAGGGACGGCGGUGCCGGACUCCACUCGGACGCACAGUUGUGAAGUUGCAGAAUUAUGAAGGCGAGACGUCCAGCAUCUGAGGGUUCCCGGGCGGCGCGCUGACAGCCAUGGAUCACCUUUUCAGGAGAAAGCGAGUCGGUUUACUGAAACCCCUGCUCAGUCUGUCUCUGGUCUUUGCGUCUUUUCUCAUGAUCCACAAGCUGAAACUGUCGGAGAAGGACGCAGUGGGAGUUAAGCACAUGAGGGAUGCGGGCUGGUGCGGCUCCGAGUGCUUUUCAUUCAAGAAGGGAGUCGUGAAAGCUGGUGUGGGGAGCUCCGACCCUCCGGUGCCUGUCGGCGUCUUGGACUCGCAGCGCGUCUCCAACAGGACUCCGGCUUUCUGGGACGCACAGGUUCUGAACUGCAGCGAGGACGCGUCGGUGAGGACUCAGGACUGGUUCCGGCGCUUGGACCCGAGGUUUCAUCAGUUUGUUCUGCACAGGCACUGCAGGUAUUUCCCCAUGCUCAUCAACCACCCGGAGAAGUGCGCGGACGGAGAGGUGCACCUCCUCAUGGUGGUCAAGUCCGUUAUCGAGCAGCACGACCGGCGCGAGGCGGUGCGUAAAACCUGGGGCAAGGAGCACAGUGUGGAGGGAAAGAAGAUCAAAACUUUAUUCCUUCUGGGAAGCCCCACUACCGGCAAAGACACCAAGAACCUCCAGAAACUGAUCGAGUACGAGGACCGGAUCUACGGGGACAUCCUGCAGUGGGACUUCAUGGACACGUUCUUCAACCUGACACUGAAAGAGGUCAACUUUCUCAAAUGGUUCGACAUCUACUGCCCCGGCGUGCAGUUUAUCUUCAAAGGAGAUGACGAUGUGUUUGUGAACACACACAACCUGCUGGAGCUCAUCGGCUUCAGGGUGGAGGAGCGCAAAGAGGCCGACUUGUUUGUUGGGGACACCAUCUCCAAGGCGAUCCCCAUCCGAAACCGGCAGAGCAAAUACUACAUUCCCAAAGAGCUCUAUGAUAAGCCAUACCCGCCCUAUGUCGGAGGUGGGGGCUUCCUGAUGUCCUCCCAGCUGGCCAGAAGGCUCUUCGUGGUGUCCGAGGACCUGGAGCUGUACCCCAUCGACGACGUGUUUUUGGGGAUGUGCCUGCAGAAGCUCCACUUGGCCCCAGAGCUGCACCCGGGGUUCAGGACAUUCGGCAUCACCAGACGCAGGGUGAGUCCCAUGAACAGCGAGCCCUGCUUUUACAAAAACCUGAUCGUGGUGCACAAACUGAGCGCGCAGGAGCUGCUGAGGAUGUGGAGCGUGGUGCACAACGAGGAGCUGGUGUGCGCGCAAAGGACCUCCAUUUAACCCACAGCUCAUGUAAAACUAAAAUAAAUGCAUUGAGCAAAGCUGAACUCCCAGAGGGGACAGGACAGACUGCGCUGAACUGGUCGUGAUGAUGGUUUCAUGGAAUGUGCGGAGUCAGUGUUCACCGGAUGUGAUGUUGAGGAACACACAGCACACAGGUAGUCUGCGUUUCCAACAGUCAGUAUGCCAGAAUGAACCAGGGCGCAGUGGGAACAGGCUGGACUCCCCGCCGACUUCUUGCCAUUUUGUAAAACCACUAGCGCACAGCUCCACACUGUGAACGCGCGUAAAGAUGGUUUCUGAUUCUUGGUGCCAUUCCUUCAGAGACAUGCCAGUGUGUGUUGGUGCAGGUAUGCCUCAGCCUUGUUCCAUCCAGGUGUGAUUCAGGACGUCACCAUGACGACAAAGUGAACUACGUGGACUUCAGCACAACAAACAUCUGCAUUCAUAGAGGAGUGAUUCCUCUGCAGAGCUUUGUGAAAUUGUAAAAAAUCUAAUGAUUUCUUUCUUUUCUCUUUUUUUUUUAAAGUUAAUAUAUUGUUUUAUUUUAUUUUUUAAAUCACUGAGUGUGAUUGACAGGCCUGAAACCAAAGAGACCAAAGGGCUGUAUCACUGUAGAUUCCUGUAUGACAGUGUAAAUAAACCCCUCACAGCUUUGUGAACACAGAAA